CAAGCCAAGUAAAGUUCAACUAGACUCCAGUUAACUAAAUGCGAAAGUCUCAGCCUCCACAGAGCUAAUACUGAACAUUUCGACUGCCAUCAUUACAACCUCAUAAAAACGGAAAGUGCGUUUGUCCAUGUAGGCGGACAAAAAGGUGCACCACGCUGCCUAUGCGUUUUGCGGACCACAGUGCGUAUGCGUAAUACGCAGAUACGAGUGGCGGGGGAAGUCCUUUGCCGUCGUUGGCUGCCGCUUGUGUAAUUGGGCGUGUAAUUGUGUUUGCCUUUUCACAUUUAGUCGGGCCCAAAAAAGGUCACUUUUGAUGUGUGUCCUGUGGCGAUGCUGCACUGCAUGAGCAGAGCGGGCUCACCCAAUUAAAAUGUCGCUCAAAACUUUUGGCCCAAUGUCCCUGGCGGAAGCGAAAAACUGUUAAUUGAGUUUCUGUCCGCCAACGCGAAAUGAAUUAUGAGCAACUUAUAAUGAAGACGGCUCAACUUGAGCGCAGCAACUUUUGGCAACUCGACAAUGGGCCAAAGUCCAUAAUGACGGGCUGUCCUUGGCGCGUUCAAGGCCACGUCCUUCGGCGCAGCGAAUUGAGUGAUUGACUUGGCCCAGAGGAACCAGAAACGCACACCACCUCUAAGAUGCCGCCAGUGCACAUUCCCCUUAUUUAUUUUUGAGCGUCUGUCCCACUCUCCAGAUGUCGAGGCCCAAUAAGCUCCGGCGUGGCAUGCCACACACCUGUCAGGAUGUGUCAGGAUAUGUUCCAUGCGUGACAGUUCAAGGCGCGGCUUAGGGCGAAAUAUUGGGUCCUCUCAUCGAAUAUUCAUGGCGGGCACCUUUUUUAAUGGAUGAAAAACAGUUUAAUUCCCAUGAGUUAUUUAUUUUCCCGUUGAAGCCCCUCGGCCCAUAUCCUGAAUCAAGGAUAUUAAAGGGUUAAGAGAUAUAUGGUAGCAAGUAGUAACUGAUUUGUAUGGGAGAUAAGUUUUUAAUUCAAGAAGAUAAAGAGCCCGAAAUUAUGCCACUUAGAUAGAAUAUGACUUGUGUGUCUCCCAAAUCAUUUUGUGUGUUCGCUGACUCACGAAGACUGUUUUCUUGUGAACGUGCAAACACUUGAAAGUUACCGCUCAAAGUUGUCACUACGAAAUACAAAAAAUAUAUAAACACUUCUUAUCGGCGGCGACGAAAUGCAGAAACAACGAACAUGAGCGUGCCAUUAACAUUAUGACAUUAUGACAUUUGGGCAUAAAUAAGUUCCGCGAGAUAGGCCAAAGUGUGGUAUUAAAAAUACGUUAUCGUUAAAUUUAUGUGUCUUGGAAAUUAAGAUGAAUGUCGAAUUAGUUGUAUUCAAAUGAUUCAUGUGGUGCCAAAGACCCAUCACUAUAAGCCUGCUGAUAGUGAUAGCGAUGGGUAUCUGUGCCACAUCAGGAGGGCUUUAAGUAAAAAACAAAUAAUGUACUGAUAUUUAUAUCUUUAUAUCUAUUUGGAAAGUUUAAACAACGGCGCAUGGCGAACUACACGCGCUUUCUUACCAUUCCAUUUUACAAUGGGCUUGAACUUUGCGACCCAUCAUUAAGAUACCAUCACGGGUGAAAAUGUCGACUGAUUGCCUGCGGCCAUCUCUACUUUGAUAAAGGAGCCUCGCACUUCGGCCAUGUCAAUGGCGCUCUCAACUGCGAUAGAGGCCGUGAUAAGAAACCGCAGAUAAAAAAUAGAAAAUCGUCUGCAGUCCAAUUGGCUUGGCCUGAUAACACAGUUGGCUGAUUGGCAGGGACCCCAAACAGCUGUGAUUUAGUCAUAGCCGAACGUUUGCCGUGUCCACAUACCCACGUCGCAAUUCCAACUCGUCGCGCAACCAGAAACCCAAAUAAGCCAUAAAUAUUAAAUGCCAAGAAACGGUCAAGUGAAGUGUUCGCGACAUGUUAAGUUAUUUUCCGGUAGUAUGGCUCUUAUUCGCCCUACAAGUGCUCCGUGUUGCCACGGGCCAAAUCAUACCCCUGCCCACUUUUUGUUUGGGCCUUAGCCCGCAGUGCACUUGUGCCGCCGAGGCGAAUGUGGUGCGGUUCCACUGUCCGGAUGAGUAUGCCAUGCUGCUGGAGGUGUCGGAGCCGGGGGCAUCGCUAUAUAUGAGCUACUACGCCUCCGCCGAUUUGCAUUGGCUGCCGCGCUUCAACAUCAGUUCCCUGGUGAAGAUCGAGUUCGAUGCGUACAUCUUUUGGCCGGAGAAAUUCCUGAGUGAUUUACUGAAAACCUUGGGUGUGCAGACAGUGAAAGCGAUUAUUUUCCGCGAUCGAACUAUGGAAACGGUAGUCACACGCGAUGUCCAGAACUCGGGCGAUGGAUAUAUGGAAACCUCGCAGCCCGGAAACAUAACGACCUGGAAUUUUGGUUCGGUUACCGGCCUGAAGAAGUUCAAGUUCUUCAGCCACGUGCCGGAGCUGCAGGAGUCCAUAUUCCACGGAUUCGACACCCUGCGGGAUCUGCACCUCAGUGUGAACGUGAGCACGCUGCCGGGCAAUAUGCUGACUACGGUGAAUGGAACGCUGAAAACGCUGACCAUCGAGAGUCCGGGUAUAGUGUCAUUCGGGAAUCCAUUGCUUCGCGAACUGCAGCAACUGCGCAACUUGAGUAUCGUCCUCAUAGAUCCGUCGCAUGUACGCGACAAGCAAUUGCAACCGCACUUCUUCGGUUCCAUGAAUAAUCUGGAGGAGGUGCGCCUGGCGUCCGCCACAAGUAGUGUGAAUCGCAGCAUGUUCAAGGGCACCAACAAGUUGGCGCUGAUCAAGAUGAAUGGCAACGACGAUCUCACCGAGCUUCCAGGUGAAAUUUUCCUGGAUCAGGUCAAUCUAAAGAUCCUGGAUCUCUCCUGCAAUGCGAUCAGCACUCUGCACGAGGAUGUCUUCAAGGGCCUGGGCAAUCUAACACUGCUGGAUCUAUCCAAAAAUAGACUGACUAACUUGUCGAGCACCUUUUUCGCCCCACUGACCUCGCUGACCGUUCUGCGUCUGAACAAGAACUCGCUAACCGCGAUGUCGCCGAGUGUGUUCCGGGAUGUGGUCAGUCUGAACUACAUCGAGAUGGUGAACACCCAGUUCUACGGGGCCACGCUCCUGAUGAACUACGAGGCAGUGGUGUGCACCAACGAGGAGACCUGCCAGUACAAGUCGGCGGAAUGGCAGUGCGAUCCCCGGUGUAUCUGCUGGGUGCAGCGUGGCAUCGGCAGUCUGAUUGUGGACUGCCGCGGAACCGACCUCGAGGAACUGCCCGAUUUGCCGGACACCACGCUGCUGAGCACGCUGCUCAAGGUGGGCAACAAUAGCCUUACCAGACUGCCAAGCGUGAGCGAGCACAGGGGCUAUGCCAACGUGAGUGGUCUCUUCCUGUCGGACAAUAACCUGACCACCCUUGGAACCGGUGACCAGCUGCCCGAGAAUCUCACCCACCUGGACGUGCGAGGCAAUCAGAUUGAGUCCAUCGGCGAGGAGUUCAUAUUGUUCCUGCAGGAGCCGAACAACACCAUAACGCUAUCGUUGUCGGGUAACCCCAUCUCCUGUGGGUGUGAAGCCCUUCCCCUCCUGUUCUUCGUGCGCACCAAUCCCCAGCGGGUGACUGACAUUGCCGAUAUUGUGUGCACCAAGCAGAAAAAGUCCUUUCAGCAGAUGGAGGCCUUCGAGCUGUGUCCUUCGUAUGUCCUGCUAAUCAGCUCCGUAAUCGGUGGCCUGGUGAUCAUCAUCUGUCUGAUCACCGUGUUCUACCUGAUGUUCCAGCAGGAGCUGAAAAUCUGGCUGUAUAACAACAAUCUGUGCCUGUGGUGGGUCUCCGAGGAGGAGCUGGACAAGGACAAGACCUACGACGCCUUCAUCUCGUACUCGCACAAGGACGAGGAGCUGAUCAGCAAGCUCCUGCCGAAGCUGGAGAGCGGUCCGCAUCCCUUCCGGUUAUGUCUGCACGACCGCGACUGGCUGGUGGGCGACUGUAUUCCGGAGCAGAUCGUCCGCACCGUGGACGACUCGAAGCGGGUGAUCAUCGUGCUGUCGCAGCACUUCAUCGACUCGGUGUGGGCCCGCAUGGAGUUUCGGAUUGCCUACCAGGCCACAUUGCAGGACAAACGGAAGCGGAUCAUCAUCAUCCUGUACCGGGAACUGGAGCACAUGAACGGCAUCGACAGCGAGUUGCGGGCAUAUCUCAAGCUGAACACGUACCUCAAGUGGGGCGAUCCGCUCUUCUGGAGCAAGUUGUACUACGCAAUGCCGCACAACCGCCGGGUUCUGAAGGGCCAAAAGAAGCAUGCGGGUCCGCUGAUCUGAGGCUUGAAUAUAUGUUAGAUAUUUUAGAUGAAUAUACUCAAUAUACGCCUUAAAAGCUAAUCUACAUGCCUUGCUUUAAACUCUAAAGUUAUUCUAAACAUUCGAAAAGUAAUUUAAGUAAUUUAACUUAUUUUUAGGCAAACAUAAUACUUUACGACUUCGUUUCCAUUUUUUCGGAAAUUAUAUAUUUACAAAAUAAUUUUACAAGUAAUAUUUACAAUACGGUAAUGCUGUUAAUAAAUUGGAGAAUUAAA